AUGGCGACGUUCUCCUCGGCCUCUUCCGAGGACGUAUACAAAAAGCACGGCAGCGGCGGCUUGGCCAAGCCGACCACCGUCCUCCCCUCCGGCUCCACCAAAAACUGGUCCGAGAUCUCUGCCGACGUGUACCUCGAGCUCAAGCAGGCGUUCGAGAUGAUCGACACGGACGGCAACGGGAAGAUCCGGAAGGAGGAGUUGUUGUGCGGGUUGGGUGCAGAGCCGCCGAGCAACGAGGAGCUCUGGAUGCUCGCGGAGGUCGACCGCUACGGUGAUGGAUGGGCGUAUAGAUUACGGAGAAUUCGCAACGAUGAUGAGAAAGGCAUCACGCUCGAGGAGUUCCACGUGAUCGGGUCGGCGUUCGCGCCGCCGGCGUGCGACUCGGAGCUGAGGGACAACAGAGCUGAUACUGACAACAGUGGGACGAUAGAGUACGGCGAGUUUUUAGCAGCAACCUUACAUAUGAAUAAGAUGGAAAGGGAAGAAAAUCUACUUGCUGCAUUCUCCUUCUUCGACAAAGAUGGCAGCGGUUAUAUUACCAUCGACGAGCUUCAACAGGCUUGCAAAGAUUUCGGCCUUGGAGAAGUUAAGCUAGACGAGAUUAUAAAAGAAAUUGACAUAGACAAUGUAAGUGUCAUAGCAUCUUACUUGGUUGGACGCGAAUCAGAAACUUAUGUUGAUUCCACUAAUUAA